AUGGUAUCAACAAGGGGAGGCACUCGUACCAGCGCGCCAGACGACGCCAGCACAAUGCUGCGCAAGAAGCCUGUGCGCAAAGUGACGGCGAAAGCCGCGCCCGCAACAUCCACCGCCGCAAAGGCCAAGGCAACGCGCUCGAAGAAGACAGAACCCGAGCCAGAGGUUGUCGACGACGAUGAGCCAGACGAGCUACAAGAAGAAGCUCCUGCUCCCACCAAGACGACGCGCAAAGUCACAACACGUGCGAAGAAAUCCGAAGAGCCAGUGAAGCCCGCGACCACCAAGAGCGCAGCUUCCAAGGCGCCAUCAAAGCCUGCGAAAGCUGCAACGAGGACUACGAGGGGAAAAGCGGCAGAGGAGGUGGCAGAACAGAAUCUGGAGACGAAGAAGCCAGAAUUGAAGCCAACGACCCAGUCAACAGUUACGCGUGCCACUCGUGCCACGGCCGCCAAAGACAAGGCAGCGCCGCUCUCACCGAAGAAGAUUACACAAGUCUCGAAAGCACCGGCCCGAAGCGCGAAGACCUCAGUAGUGAAGGGCAGUACUGCCACCGCCAAGGCUCCCGCUGCGAAGGCCGCGAAGAGAGGCAGGCCUCCAGGCAGGCGGCGGAAUGUCUCGGACGAGAAUGCAGUCAUUCCCGAAUUUGCGGCCCCGGCUGAGGUAGAAGGAAGUGACAUUGAAGUCGCUCCAAAGAAGCCGUCCGGAACGAGAGGGAAGAAUGCAGUGAAGCGAGCAGCUUCGCCCAUGGUCAUCGACAAUGACACGCCAAUAUCAACGAGGCCGGCCACACCGGCUGAAUCACUGCAGGAGACACACGAUGAACAUGACCACGAUAUGCAUACCACACAGCAAUCGCUCGAGGACCAUGAUGAUGAUGAAUCUGAACAGUCAUCACAAGACGAACUUUCCGGUCCAAAAUCCCCUAUGAGGCGGGUCAGUCCACGGGAACCACUGAAGUACGCAUCGGCCAAGGAAGUCGCCCUACCUGACAUCGAUGUUCCUAUGAAAACUCCCGUGAGGAGAUUCGCUGUGCUCGGCACGCAGCAAGGGACGCCUCAGACACAGAAGCCAUACUGCAAGCCCGCAGUCCCACUCUCCAAUGGAAAGCCUAUGACUGUUGCGAGAGCACAGUCUCGAGCAAUGGUGUUUCCACGUUUGCAGCCACUGGGGCAAGCUGCAGAUGAUCACAUGGAUGUUGAUGAGUCUUCUGACAGCACGUCGCUCUCAGACCAGAGCACCCCGAUUCCACGGUACAGUGAAGCGGAAAACAGUGAGGCCCAGGACGAAGCAUCCGAGUCUCAGCAUGACAUGGAUCCCGACCUCAGCCUCCUCGUGGAUCCUGAGAACAGGAUAACUGAGAUUGAGAGCACAGAUGACAUGCUCACCGAGGUGAUUGAGACUCAGACAGAGACCAUUCGCGAUGAAAGCGCUAUCGAACUUGGUCAAGAACAGCGGCCCCAAGCUGACGCGGACGAGCACACACCUCUUAUAGAAGAGGACCCUGAUGAGACCAUUGUCACGCACGAAGGCGCCGAGGAUGAUGCGAGCCCAGCCCAAGACACUUCUUACGAUAGUUUUGAGAGUGUAAUCGUUAACCGCCCAGAUCUGCACUCAGAGGACGACGGAGACGACUUCGAUGUUUCACUGGAUGAUGACCAGGCUCCACCUGCGACCCCACAACCAGAGACGCUGGUCUGGGAGAACAUCCGUGACGAUGUCACGAUUCCCUUCAGCUUUGACGCCAACGUCAGUCCGACCAGGGACCUAGUCACAUCAGACUCACCUUCUCUUGCACAGUCUGACCAUGCCGUUUCGGAUGACUUGCAAGAUGAUUCCUCCUCACCAUUCAAGUUUGGAAAUUCACAGCAGGCGCAACGCGAGUCCACGGUACGCCUCAGCGAGUUCGUUGACAUAACGUCUCUCGCAGACUCCCGGCGAAGGCCAGAGGCGGAGGCUCAAGCAGACGGCGAGAAUUCGACGGCGGCACGAGCCACUGUGGAAGAUGGAGAGGAUUCCCAGUGGAUGAUAGAUGGGGACGUCACGAUGGUCUGCGCAGCACCUGCAACGCCUCGUACUGUCAAGCGAUCUCCAGUCAGGCUCACAACCAUUGAGCAUGUGGACGAGGACGAAAUGCUUGUCGAUGGCGACGUUACUCUUAUGCUGGAUCGCCACGAGAGCCCCGCCAGCGCUAAACGUUCUCCAGUCAAGUUGACGACCGUUGAACACGUUGACGAUCAAGAAGAGGUCGCCGUUGAUGGUGAAAUGAGUCUGUUGCUGGAGCAACCUGAUCUUGCGCCUAGCGUCAGACCGUCUCCUAUCAAGUUGUCCACCGCUGAAGACUAUCCGGAGGAGGAACAAGCCGUCGCUGGCGACGAGACUCUUGUUCUUGAAGACCACCAGCCAACACAGCCUACGAUCCCGGCGACUCCAGUUCUGGUCAACGACGCUCGCGCUUCAGACGUCACCUCCAUUGAUCUUCAAGACGCUGCAACUCCGCAUUACGCGUUGCCUACUUUUUCGUCUACUCGCGAACCUAUGGGGCCGGCUGAACCCCAAUCAUCGACACCCAACGCUGCUGAGAGUCCAGUUGUUGAAGCAUGGUUUGACGAAAUGCAAUCCUCCGAUAGGAAAUCACAGACGUUCGCAAGCAGACCAUCUGCCGCCAAGGAGCGAAUGCCUGCAUUGGGAACCGCUCUGACCUACGAGGAGCUGCUUGAGAAUUCGACUGGAGAUUCGCAUACACCGGCAAGUCCAACGAAUAAUGAACCAGCUGUCGCCGAAAGGUAUCCGGGCAUUCCUUCGCGCGAGACGUAUGAGAAUGUUGACGAUUCAUCAAAUGUGAGAAUGACACCCAGAAGGAUCUCUACAAUAGUCUCGCCCGCGCUGAGGACGCAGACUCCAGAAGCUGUCGCUGCAACCACGCCACAGCCCGUCGAACGCUUUCCAGGACUGCCAGCUAAGCGAUCAUACGAAGAGCAUGCGAAGACUGCGAUGCCAGCGACUCGAUUUGCUACACCCGAGCGUCGCUCAACAAGGCGUCCUGCAACGGCACAGAAGGCGACUUCUCUUCGCAAAUUGGCCUUGACUUCAAACGGGUCCCGAACGCCGAUCAAGUCGCCACUGAAAGCUCCAGCUGAGACACCUGCUCAGAUCCCAAUGACGCCUCACCCUGGAGCUCCGCUGAAGGGUGUUGUUGCUCUCGUUGACGUCUACACUAGCGACGGAGGAUGCGCGACUGGUCCAUUCUCGCAGCUAUUGCAGCGCCUUGGAGCUAAGACGACUAAGACAUUCAGUGACCGUGUCACGCAUGUUGUCUUCAAGGACGGUCAUCCCAAGCUAUUGCAGUCACUUGUUAUCCAUAACAAGCAGGUUGCUAAUAGCGGCUCUGCCAAGGAGAUCUUUUGUGUCAACAGUCGUUGGGUGAAUGAUUGCGAUAUCAACGGGGUGCGCAUGACCGAGACAGACGAAGCCUAUGCUAUAGAUGUCGACGAUGCUCCUCGAGUUGCAAAGCGCCGUCGCAAGAGUAUGGAACCUAUGAGUCUUCUCAACAACGGUGGCAACAUCGUGCGCGAUCGAAAGAGCAGCAUUGGCCGCGUCUCGAUUGGUCGAUUAUCGUCAAAGACCUUCGAUAUCCCUUCAGACGAGCAUCAUGUGACGCCGAAGGUCGAUCCGGCGGACAAGGAGAAUAGCGGCGACAGUGAAGCAUGUUCUUCACCAGCGACUCCUGCGUACAUUUCGGCACCCGAGAAACUUGUACAGCAGACAGCGCCAAUGAAUCGCAUCCGGAAGCUCGAUCUGAACGCAAGAGAUCAAGCCCGACGUCUGACAUUUACGAAUAUGGAAUUUUGA